AUGGCAAGCACAACAUCUACUGAAGCCCUCGCUCUGCUAUGGGCUUAUGAGCUCAACCGUGAAAACAAAUGUCUUUUCAAGGGCCUCAGGAAAGUUAAUCAUCGCCUGUCGAGACGUGACAACCGUGAGAAGACACGCGACAUUGAUACACAUCCUGACAUCGCUACAUCGAAGGAAUCAUCUUAG